AUGACGGACCCCCGGGUGUGUGCUGGACAGAGGAAGCCCAGCCUGUCCUUCUCCAUUGAGGAAAUCUUAAAGAAACCUUCUGCCAGCAGUGUCCUGAGCAGUGAAACCAGAAACAGGAAUAGCUACGCCGAGAGACCUCCGUCCCUAAAAGCAGGGUCAGCGGUGGCCUUUGAUUCCAGCAGCCAGAGACAGUCUGACUGUGACUUACCUUCAGUCAAAAUGCUUCUUCCCACCACAUGUGCUGCACCCAUGGCCAAAGCAAGGAGAGUUCGUGCAGCUCACUGCAGAAGGCCUACUGCCAACCCAGUGUCCCUCCUGAGUGAGGACACGGGACGUGAAUGUCUGGAAGGCAAAAGAAAACAUGAGGAAGAGGAAGAUCAGCUAUGUGGUUUCCCAGUGGACCAUCCACUUCAUGCUGAGAGGAAAGGGAAACGAAGAAUCCGGACAACGUUCACAGCUGAGCAGCUCCAGGAACUGGAGAGAAUUUUCCGAGUGACUCACUACCCAGAUGUCCAUAUUCGCAAUCAACUGGCAGCAAAGAUAAACCUCCCAGAAGCCAGAGUUCAGAUCUGGUUCCAGAAUCAGCGAGCAAAGUGGAGGAAACAUGAAAAGUUCGGGAACUUUGGUGGCCUUCAGCAUAUGACAGAAGUUGAUUUUGCUCCCAAGUCAGAUAUAACAGCUCCUAGCUUGAUGCCAAGAAAGCUCUCUGCUUCCUUUCCUGCCAUGGGAUACUACUCACCACUGCAAGGACAGCUGACAACUGCCCGGCUGCCCAGCACGCUCUCCUUCGCUCCCCACCACGUGGAGCUGCUGCCCUUCCCAAAACCAUACUUGCUCUUCCAUGUCCUGCCCCCUUACGGCUCACUGCUACCCCACAAGUUGGAAAGGAGCAGUAUCUGUGCCAGCUCCUCUUAGAGGAGGACACAGGGUGUCUGGGGAGUGUGUUUCUCCCCGUGUCCUCUGUGAAGGUGUGCGGUUCCUCUCCUUGAACAAGCCUGCUGGGAUGGUGGGUGGCAGUGGUGCCAGGUCACCGUGCUGGAGGAGUGCUGCCGGGAGUUGCUGCAGCCCAAUGAAUGUGGGCAAGAGGCACCAAGGACCAGAAAGGAGCUCCUCAUCUCCCUGAGGAGCAGCACAUUCCAUGGAAACCCAGCCCUUCAGCCGAGAGCCUCUCCCCAGCGGGACAGUGCACCAAGCAGCCCUGUGCAAGGACUGGGAUUUUACUCAGCCACGAGACACUGGAUGACCCUAUUGCACUCAUGCCUUGGGGCAGGAAAGGUGCCUGGGAUAAAGUGUGCAUAGGCAUAAGGUCCAGAUAAAAGUGCUUUUCUCUGCAGGUUUUGGUCACUUUUCUCUUACAUUCUGGUACUGGGCUGCUGCAAAGAAUAUGUUUAGGUCAAAAAUCAAACUUUGAAGAUACCUUGUUUUUUUUUCCAAGUAGUCAGUUGGUGGCAGGGAGGGGGAGGUUGUUUUGCUGUCUAUGUUUUUGACUUGAAUAAAGGGACACAAACACAAUCUGAGCUGAAAUACAACAGUCUGAGCUCUGGAUUUGGUACUGCAAGU